AUGAGUCCAACUUUCAACAAUUUUGCAUCUUCUCUGCAGAGAAAUGGAACAUUUAUCAAUUCCUUAAUUGCUGCUUUGACAAUUGGUGGGCAACAACUGUUCUCCUCUUUCACAUUCAAAUGUCCUUGUCAAGUUGGGAAAAACUUCUAUUAUGGGUCUGCUUUUCUAGUUGUUCCUGCCUUGAUCCUGCUGAUUGCUGGCUAUGCUCUGAGAAGCCAAAUGUGGACAAUUACCAGUGAAUAUUGCUGUAACUGUGCCUCUCCACACCGCCAAAGCAGCCCACUGGAAUGCAAGUUGGCUUGCCUGCAGUUCUUCAGCAUCACUGGGAGAGCAUUUGUUGCUCCAUUAACAUGGCUGGCAGUGACUUUACUGACAGGCACCUACUAUGAAUGUGCAGCAAGUGAGUUUACACCUGUGGAUCAUUACCCAAUAUUGGGCAAUGUCAGCGCCGGCCAACGAGAAGAGAUCCUAGCUGGGUUUCCAUGUGGCAAAACAGUUCCUGCUGACAUGACCCUAGUAAGAGAUGAAGUGGCUCUUCUGCACAGAUAUCAAUCUCAAAUGCUGGGCUGGAUUUUGAUCAUCUUAGCCAUCGUCACUGUCCUAGUCUCCAGCAGUUUGGCGAGGUGCUGCUCUCCCCUCACCUCUCUGCAGCACCACUACUGGACCACUCACAUGCAUAAUGAGAGAAAGCUCUUUGAAGAGGCGGCAGAGCAGCACUCGAGACUCAUCAUCAUGCAGCACAUGAAGAAACUAUUUGGCUUUCUUCCCGGGAGUGAAAACGUUGAUCACAUACGUAUUCCUUCUUGUCAGGACUGGAAAGAUAUUUCAAUACCCAAUCUUGUAUGCAUGGGUGAUGGCUUGCAGUGCCACUGUAACUUCCUUGGAGACAGGAUAGAUGAGAAUGAUGAGGAAGGUAUUGAAUUAAAACCUUGA